AUGGGUAAGAAUCGGCGUCAAUCAGCUCUGACCAAGUCUAUACAGUCUGGUUUAUUUCGUGACCCGGACCGAUUCAAGAAGUCUGCGUGGGGAAAGUUCAUCGCGUUCUUCACAUUUCGCAGAAUAAAGUUGAUUCGACAUGAACGAAAUCUCUUCGCGGUAUUGCGUCAGGAGGUGUGGGGAUUUGAUGAGGACAACUAUCUAGCCUCAUUCCACAAGACAGACGGCCAGCCACCACUGAAAAUGAUUGGCGACUUGGGGUACUCAGGAUCGACCUUCUUUGGCACAUUUGAUGGCCAUUUGGUGAUCAAAAGUCUCCCGCGUCACUUUGAGUAUACGUUCUUCGAGUCUGAUCUCUUGGAGCCAUAUUAUGAGCAUAUGCGAGAGCAUCCGGAUUCUGUCUUGGUCUGGAUUACCGAUUAUCUCCUAUCUCCAUACGUGACCCUCGGCACACUUUGUGGCUGUACUCCAGCACACCAUAUAAUCAUGGAGAACAUCCUCUGUGGUCAAGCCGAUGACCCAGCCGGUAAUCGCUGGGAGACUUACGACCUAAAACCAAUCAACUACUUCUAUCCAGAGCGAGAUAUCAUUCCUGAACCUCUGGUCAGUGAAGAUACAUUAAGCAAGCUUGCGGACACUUUCAACGAUAAGCUUCAUCUUUGGCAGGAAGACUACAAUACUUUCUGGGAAGCCAUUCAAGCAGAUACCAAGUUCCUGCAAGAGGCUAAUGCCGUCGACUACUCCCUAUUCUUGGUCCGAAUUCCAUCAUCUUCCAGUCCGGAAGUUCUCGGGAGGGAGAGUCCAUGGAGGGUGGGUAUUCCAUCUGCAGAUGGAGAAUGGAAGUAUCGGGCUGUGAUACUCGACUUUUUCUGGGCAAAGCAUAAGCUACAUGCGCAGGCAAUGACGGGGGUGGUGCAGACUUUCAAUAUUGUGGGACGUCAAGGACCCAUGUCUAUUACAACAACGGCGAAUGAAUAUCGUCAGAAUUUCUUGUCUAUGGUCAAGGAGAUGAUUCAGGUUCAUCACUAA